AUGCCGCUGGCCUUCUUCGACAUCGUCGGAACCUGCUUUGGGUAUGAUGCCUUGGAGGACGCAGUAGAUACCCGACUUGGUGCAAAGCUGGUGAAGUAUGGUGUAUCUUCCAAACUCUUCGCUCAGUUCUGGCUCGUUACUCUUGAGCGAGAUGCCUCAUUCAUGCAGCUUACCCAACGGCCGAAAAUGCCGUAUGAAGAACGUUGGGCAGAAGUGCUUCCCCGAUGUCUUUAUCAAGCCGGCGUGACUCCCGAGGACAUCGAUACGUUGUGGUCACCGGACGAUGUGCAGUACAUUGUUCAUGAAUAUCUGUGGAAACUCAGACCCCGACCAGGCUUUGCCGAGAUGCUGGAGAUCCUUGAGAAGGGAGGAAUCCAAUUUUGGUGCUGUUCGUCAGCAAGCGUGGACCGGGUGAAAGCGUACUUCAAGCUCGCUGGUAUCGAUUUCCCUGUCGAACGGAUAUGGGACGCGACUCCUGUGGGUGCAAGCAAACCGCAACCAGCUGUGUAUGAGCGUGUCAUGAAGGACUUUGGUGAAGAAGGAAGACCUCUGAUAUUCGGUGCUUCACAUGCUUGGGAUUGUGCGGGAGCUAAGAAUGCAGGCUUCCGAACGGCAUAUACAACAGUAUACGAAAAGUACGAGUGUGUGACUAUGUGGGGGCAGCAUGACAUUGUCGAGCCAGAUCUCAUAUCGUUGGGCAAGUCCAUCGUUGAAAAAUAUGGGACCAAAUGA